CUGUGUGCUUUGGCCCUAGAAGCUAUUUCCAGGUCAGAACCUCCUGGUUUGUCUCGUUUUUAGGGUUAAUUCUUCAGAACUAUCUGGAUCCUAGAUGGAUCAGACCCGGUUCUUCUGGCUUUGGGUCGGUGUGAUGAACAGAACCUCCGUUCUCACUGGCGCGCGCGCUCUGUUUGCUCAGCAGCGCAUCACGAUCAGCCUCUGACGUCACCUCGGUGAGCUGGGCCAAUCAGGAUCGGCCGGACUGGGACUGGGUCCGGUUCGCCGCAGCUGGACCUGCAGAGGGGAGCGACUUGUGGAGCAUCGGGAUCUUUGCGGACCGGGACCGGAUUUCCUGCAGCUUCCAGGAUGAUCCGCGGAUCCCAGGAGUUCUGAUGGAGCCCCGGAGUUCUGGAGUCCGACCCAUGUGCGCCCUGACGCUGCUGCUGGUGUCGGUGUGCCCGCUGUGCUGCAGGGCCAACUGGAUGUGGCUGGGUGUGACCCCUCCGGAUGACCCGGAGCAGCUGUCCUGCGGUGACCCGGUGCUGAGCGCCCGGCAGCGGGAGCUGUGCCGCAGGAAGCCCUUCCUGCUGCCCAGCGUUCGCGACGGAGCCCAGCUGGCGGUGUCAGAGUGUCAGAACCAGUUCCGCCGGGAGCGCUGGAACUGCUCCACGACCCGGGAGCCCACGGCCGUGUUCGGCUACGAACUGACGAGCGGAACCAAAGAGACGGCGUUCAUCUACGCCGUGAUGGCGGCAGGCCUGGUUCACUCCAUCACCCGCUCCUGCAGCCAGGGCAACAUGACAGUGUGCGGCUGUGACGCUCACCUGCGAGGCAGCGGUGGGAGCGAGACAGCAUCCGAAGCAUGGCAGUGGGGGGGCUGCUCGGACAACAUCCAGUUCGGAACCUGGUUCAGCCGCAAGUUCAUGGAGCACUCUGUUAAGAACAUGUCGAGCCUGACCAGUUACACGCUGAGCACCAUGAACCAGCACAACAGUGAAGCCGGCCGACAGGCCAUCGAGAGGACCAUGUCCACAGAGUGUCGCUGUCACGGCAUUUCUGGUUCCUGCGGCGUGAAGACCUGUUGGAGGUCAAUGGCGCCGUUCAGACGCGUCGGCUCCUACCUGAAGGAGCGAUACGAGCAGAGCAUCCAGAUGUCGAACCGCUCCAGGAAGAAGACAAGGAAAAAGGACCAACGCCGUCCGCUCAACAAACACCAACUCAUCUACCUGAACAAGUCUCCGAACUACUGCCUGGAGGACAAACGGCGGGGCAUCGCUGGCACCAGGGGGCGCCGCUGCAACAGGGCGUCCUCCGGGCCGGACGGCUGUAACCUGCUCUGCUGCGGCAGAGGCUACAACACUCACGUGGUGAGGAACAUUGAACGCUGCGAGUGCAAGUUUGUUUGGUGCUGCUUCGUCCGCUGCAGGCGGUGCGAGAGCAUGAACGACAUGCACACCUGUAAAUAGGUCCAGGCCCGUUAAGGACGUCACACCUUCGGCACCUGGGAGUAAAGCAGAGACGAUCCCAUAUGGAUGGAGACUUCCCGCCAGGUCAGGGUGAAUAUCCAGGUCCAACAGCUGCUGGUCAUUUAAAGGCUGCAUGACUGGAAGCAGCCUUAAGGCUGGACUCGGACCUCCUCCAGGUCUUCUCUGUGCCGCCUGUGCAGACCAAACAAGGACUUUGAGUAGAACCAGUGAUCUACCAACAACAUUUGGUUUAGAGUACCAGUAAAAGUAUCUUCAGCUGUGUACUUGUCAAUAACAAGUGCUUAGGAUACUAAUAUACGGUCC